AGAGGAAGGGAGGAGAUCUGGAUGGGGAGAGGUGUUGAUGGAGAAGGAAUCAGUUGGGUUGGGACAGAGACAAAGAGAGGAACAGAAUAACUAUAUAACAACGGAGACACCAAACUCCACCAUCAAUCAUGUCUCUCUCUCUCUCUCUCAUCUCUCAUCCCUCCACCCUUUGACCUCCCCUAACCCUAACCUUCCCUCCUGAAGCAAAUCCCAAGCCCACUUGCCUCCCUCCUCCUCCUCCCUUCCCUUGCCGCCGGGUAGCUAAACAAAUACCAAGCGUCAAAGAAAAAUGGCACAGUUGAUGGAGUUCCUUUCCACACCCAAUUAGCAGGGUUUGAUUCCUUGGGAAAGCGAAGAAAGGAGAGACAGACCGCCGCCUUCCUUUUCCUUUCUACCUUAUCUUUUUCUCUACUGGAUCAGAUCGUCAACCGUCUCUCGAUCUUUGUCUGCGAACUAUCAGCUAUCUGCUUACCUGUACUGUUCCAUUUCCUGAGGUCGCGCACUAGCUAGCCUCAUGGAUCCGAUUAAAGCCUCCACACAUGGCCACCAUCUCCCUCCUCCGUUCCACAACCGAGACUUCCACCACCCGCUCCACCCCUUCCAGCAUCUUCAGCAGCAGCAACAGCCGCCGCCUGCGGUGGAAGAGGAGCACAGCGGCACCAGCGGCCUCCACCGCGGCAUGAAGCGCGACUACGACGGGGAUAACAACGAUGGGAACGAUGGGGGAGACGGCAAGGAGCUGGUUUCGGCGCUGUCCGGCGAGGGGGAUAUGGUUCGGAAGCCGCGCGGCCGCCCCGCCGGGUCCAGGAACAAGCCGAAGCCGCCCAUCAUCAUCAACCAGGACAGCGCCAACGCGCUGAGCUCCCACGUGAUGGAGAUCGCCGGGGGGUGCGACAUCGUCGACGGCGUCGCCACCUUCGCCCGCCGCCGGCAGCGCGGCGUCUGCGUCCUCAGCGGCAGCGGCACUGUCGCCAACGUCACCCUGCGCCAGCCGGCCUCCCCCGGUGCGGUCGUCAACCUCCACGGCCGGUUCGAGAUACUCUCCCUCUCCGGAUCCUUCCUGCCGCCGCCCGCGCCGCCCGCGGCCACGGGCCUGACCAUCUACUUAGCCGGCGGGCAGGGUCAGAUCGUCGGCGGCAGCGUCGUGGGGCCACUGAUAGCCUCCGGCCCAGUGAUCAUAAUGGCAGCAUCCUUCGGAAACGCCGCCUACGAGCGGCUCCCCCUGGACGACGAGGAGCCCCUUCAAGCUCAGCAAGGUGGCCUUGGCUCUCCGGGACUGGUCGGCCAGUCUCCCCCACUGCAGCAGCAGCAGCUGCACGACCCCAGCAAUCCACUUCUCCAUGGUCUGCCGCCGAACCUGCUCAACAAUGUGCAAUUGCCAGGCGAGCCUCACGGCUGGGCCACCGGCGGAGGAGGACGCACGCCCUACUGAUCCCAGAAACAUCUCGUUCGUCUCUCCAAACCCUUGCCAGCCCAGGCUUAUGGGUUAAAGCCAUGGAGGAAGAGUGAGAGAACGCAAGAACAGUAUGAUCGUCUCCUCACCUCUCACUCCAACAAAAGCAAAGAAGAUUAACCCUGGAAUUAAAGAAGAGGUUCAACGUUGUACUUCUGCUCUUAAUUCUGCUACUUCGAAGCCUUGCAACCAUAGUUGUAAUCGUAAUAUUGCUGCAUGCAUAUACUGUAUGCUGUUCAGUUGAGCGUCUGCUUAAAGUUAGAGAUCCUUCUGCUCUCACAGAAUCGAAUCAGUCAAGCAUUUUGUUUGAUCCGUAGGAAUAUAUAUGCAUGCGAAGUAGACUGUUGUAUUGUGAUCCAUUACGAUUUAGGACUUGCAUGCGCAUCUAAUCAGUAGAUACGGUUGGACACACCACUGCUCUGUGAAUUAGGAUCAUCAAAUGUCAUUGGCAAAAGGCAUGCACACGAUCUCUUUCCUAGAUUCUCAUGCAUGAUAUUGGUUUCUUACAUAUGUAUGGUCUUAGAGCAAUGCAUGGAGAUUAGAAACUUAGCAAAUAGAUCGAUGAACACAGAAUCUUGAAUUCUUUUUUCUUUUUUUGUCGAUUAGGUGAUCGAUUUCCGAAGAAUUAGGUCAGUGUAGUGAGCUUGACAUUGGUAACCUUUUGGGCAAAAUGGAUGAGUAUAAUGUAUUUGAGUCUCAAUAUUGUGAAGGACUGUAUCCUUAAAACCGAUUUAUUUUUGUCCAAAAUUAAAAGCCAAAACGAAUCUAUUGCUAA